CGGGAGUGAGUGAGGGCGAGAGAGCAGAGAUGGAAACGGAGAGUGCGAGUGUGAAAUGAAAUGUGUGUGUGUGAUUGAGUGUGUUGCUACUCAACUGCGACUAGCAAUGCUUUUGGCAGUAGUCUACAGGGCCAAUGGACUCGUCCGUUCAUCUAAUCUCCUGUGAUUUCCUUGUAGGUUCCUGAUGAGCAGAUGAACACCGUAAGCUCUUUGCAGGAGCAGAAGGAGGACCUCCGGAAGCGUCUGUCCUACACCACCCACAAGCUGGAGCUGCUAGAGAGCGAGUUUGACUCCACCCGACAGUACCUGGAGACAGAGCUACGCCGCGCCCAGGAGGAACUCGACAAGUUCACAGACAAACUACGCAGAAUACAAAGCAGCUACUCAGCACUGCAGAGGAUCAACCAGGAUCUGGAGGAUAAGAUCCAUAGAAAUUCUCAGCACCAUGACGACGAGAAGAGAGCCCUGAGCAGAGAGAUCAUCGUGCUCAACAACCACCUGAUGGAGGCCAAGCUGACCAUUGAGAAACUGAGGGAGGACAAUGAUCUGUACAGGAAGGACUGUAACCUGGCUGCCCAGCUGCUCCAGUGCAACAAGUCCCACUACAGGACCCAGCUUUCUGAGUUGCCUGCUGAAUUCCAGGAACGCGUGACCAUGCACAUGGAGGGCACACCUCUUUGCCACACUGCCUAUGCCGAUUCCGUCCCUGCCUCCGUCAUCGCCAAGGUGCUGGAGAAGCCCGACGAGGCCUGCAGCGGCAGCCAAGCCUCUAGCUCGCCUAGCCCCCAACCCCAGGACCAAGGCUUUCUCCUGGACACCCUGGACAGAGGUGAGCGCCUUGGCCUCCGGGCAGCAUACAAGUCAGACCUGUACAGCAGCGACACAGCUCUGUACUGCCCGGUCGAUCAGAACCGUGAGCGCAGGCCAAGCAUGGACCUCCAUGGCCAGAGAAAGCUGCUCUACGGGCCCCAGAACUCCACAGAUAGUAACCCAGAGGAGGGUCCCUUGUUGGGGCUGAGGUCUGGCUUCUCCCAGGAGUGCUUUGCCAAGUUCCCCACCUCUCUGGGCCCCACCUCGGGCAGCUCCUACUCCAGCUUCAGCGGAGGGGGCUCGGACGACAACAAGGGCAACGGCCCACCAAGCAGCACGGCCUCCUCUCCCCACCACCACUCCCUCUACAUGGACUGGAGGAAUGGGGGAGACUAUGAGAGGAAGAGUGACUCCUCCUGGGAGAGGGACAGUCCCGGCGGGGGCGGCUUCGCCAAGGUCCACGCUGUCUUCCAGCAGGCCGGCGGAGCACACCACCAGAACGGCAGCUCGCCUGUCUACAGCCGCACCAUGUCCUCGUGCUUCAGCGAGCCCUACGAACCCCUCCCUCCUUCCUCCUCGCCAAGCGUCGUCUAUGGAGACAGCCGCCGGGGCAGCACACUGGCGCCCGAGGAGGAGGAGCUGAUUGGUCGCUGGAGGCAGCUGAGUGUGGAGGACCUAAGCGCCCAUUCGUACCACUCGCCCGGCCGGGCCUCGCCCUACAGCUUCUCCGAGCAGCACUUCUCCGUUCGGCCCGCCAAGAUCCGCCUGGGACCCCUCUACAGCAGCUUCCAGGAAGGGGCAGACUUCUACCACCAGGCAGGGGUAGGACCCAUCAUGGAAACCCCAGUGUGCUUCUCCACGCCCAGCCCCCAGUGUAGCCCUGUGGGGGGACUCCGUCAGUCCCAUCCAUCCCACAGCCAGCAGGCCCACCAGACCCAUCUCUACCGGGGAAAGGAGGACAGCCAGGAGUCAGAGCACAGCCUCUACCACUCAGCAAGCUCCAAUGACAGGGAGGGCAGUGUCGGUGUAGCAGGGGCCGGGGUAGGAGGUGGAGGGCAGAACAAGGAGUACGAGGACGUCAGCCCAAACAGCUCCACUGAGUCCCUAAACCAGAGGUCCCUGGAGAUGGCUGCCGAGCUGCAGCAGCACUACCAGACCGAGAUGCAGCAUCCAUCGCCCCAGGGCAGUCCACCACCGCCCCCGCUACCACCUUGUCCCCCUCCCCCGCAAUACCAAACAUUUGGCACGUUAGGACUUUCCAGAAAGGACAGUCUCACCAAAGCCCAGCUGUAUGGAACACUUCUGAACUGAGAGAAGAAGGGAUUGUCAUCCUCUGACUUACUGUUCUUUCUCUUUCUUCAUCUCUUUCCCUGGUGGGAUGUGAGGUGAGAGGUCUUGGUAGAUCCAGCAAAACACAUUGAUUAGUGUGAGUCUAGCCGUUCAGUUGAAGGACAUUCAUUUUGAUAGGACAUUUGGACAAUACAGUAGGUUAAGCAUGAAUUCAUCAGAUUGUUGCCACAGCUGUGAAAAACUGACAAAAGUGUGGUUCGCAUCACUACAAUGAACGUGUAAGAUUGUCUGGGUCAGGUGAAUUGACAAUUUAUUACUGUGCCAAAUGAGUGAGGAAUAUAGGAAAAGACUCUGCUACCUUUGGUACAUUUGGUACAUAAAAUAAUAUUUGGAGGUACCAGAGACCACAGUUGCUCCAUGUGGAUGAAGGAAGUAUUUAAAGUAACUGUUGAAACAUAUAAAUAUAUUUAAUUACAACUACAACAAUUGAGUGUUCAAAGACAUAUUUUGUUUGUAGUUGCAUUCAAAAGAACAUAUAAAACUGAUGAUUGUAAAGAAAUGACUACAAUUCAACCAGAUGUGGACACCGACACAUUGUAAAUAUGUCUGGUUAUUAAGAGCAUCUGCAAAUCAAAGAGAGAUCGUUGGAAUGUUAAAGAAGACUGUCCAAAUUGCACAUUGAGAUUUGUUUUGUCAAUCACAGGCUGAAUACUGAAUACUGUGCUGCAUUUCUGCAGAGUAAAAUAUGUAGGACAAUGAGGCAUGGGUUAAAGUUGCAGCACUAAGAGAUG